GGCCGCCCCGUCCCGCCCCGCCGCAGCUGCCGGGCACCGGGGCAGGCGGAGGCGGCGGCGCGCAUGGAGGCAGCGGCGGCCCCGGCGGCCCCGGGUGGCGGUCCCGGUCCCCUGCUGCUCUGCCUGGCCCUCGCCUCCGGUUUGGUGUUUUUCAGCUGCGUGGGCGCCGACACCAAUGUCACCACUGGCCAUGGCACGGAUGGGCUCUCCUGCAGCGCGGCCGAGAGCUGCACAGGUAACGUGACGCAGCUGCGACGGCAAGGUCACUUCUCCAGGUGCCCGGAGGAGUACAAGCACUACUGCGUCAAAGGGAGAUGCCGAUUCCUCGUGGCCGAGAAGGCGCCGGCUUGCGUGUGUGAGCAAGGGUACACAGGGGCUCGCUGCGAGAGGGUGGACAUCUUCUACCUGCGGGGUGACCAGGGACAGAUCGUCAUCAUCUCCUUGAUCGCAGCCAUCGUCACCCUCAUCAUCCUCGUCGUCUGCGCCUGCCUCUGCAGUCAUCACUGUCGGAAGCAGCGGAGGAAGAGAAAAGCAGAAGAGAUGGAGACACUAAACAAGAAUUUGCCUUCCAAAAGUGAGGAUGUGCUGGAGACGGACGUGGCGUGAAGGAGCUGCAGGUGCCUGCGGGCAGGUCCCGGACAGAGGCAGCGGCGGGCAAGGGUUAAAACCUACAAUGGCCUCAAUAAAGGGGUGGUGGAAAGUG